AGAUAGAGAGUCUUUGAUCGGUGUUUGACGAGACACUACACUUUAAUGGGCUUCUAGUCUUUUUUUUUUCUUACUCUCUCUCUCUCUCUCUCUCUCUUCCAAUUGCAAUUUGCAAACAAACCCUAGCUCUACCUUUCUCUCUCUACCUCUCAUCAUGAACGAUCCUGAAAAUCCCGAUCUAACCAACGACUCCUCUUGGACACAACUCACAGCUCCAGACUCUCACUUCUUCCAUAGAGACACUUCCAACAUCCUCUCUGACUUUGCCUGGAACCUCCACGCUUCCUCCCAGUCCGAUCAUCAUCAUCCUCACUCCCUCCGGUUUGAUACAACCUCUCGUGUCCCAUCUCCCGUCACCACCACCACUCUACCCUCUACUCCUUCUUCUUCCUCAUCCGCCGCAGCAGCCGCGCUUUCUGUUGCCGUUACAGACGUUUCAACCUCUAAUAAUCUCCCCGCCAACUCUAGUUCAAGCGAGAAUCCAACUGAGAACUCAACCGCCUCCGCCGCGAAAGCACCGGAACCACCGAAGGAGAAGAAGAUGGCUCAGAAGCGAAUCCGGCAACCAAGAUUCGCGUUCAUGACCAAGAGUGAUGUAGAUAAUCUUGAAGAUGGAUACCGAUGGCGCAAAUAUGGACAAAAAGCUGUCAAAAAUAGUCCAUUCCCAAGGAGCUACUAUAGAUGCACGAACAGCAGAUGCACGGUGAAAAAGAGAGUAGAACGAUCAUCCGAAGAUCCAUCUAUAGUGAUCACGACAUACAAAGGACAACAUUGCCAUCAAACCACUGGAUUCCCUCGUGGGGGAAUCCUCACCGCUCACGACCCUAGUAGCUUCACAUCCCAUUUUCAUCAUCUCCCUCCUCCAUUGCCAAAUCCUUAUUACUACCAAGAACUCCUUCAUCAACUUCACAGAGACGAUACUUCUUCACUGAGAUUACCCCAAUCUACUACCGAAGACGAACCUGCUUUUGUCUCGUCUAUUAAUCCACCCGAAGAAGGUUUACUUGGUGAUAUUGUACCUCAAACGAUGCGCAAUACUUGAGGUACCAUCAGCAAAUCAUCAUAACCUUAGUAACAAAUAAGGAGAGGUGCUAACUCAUUUUAUAGAAGAUAUUGCAGACUGGAAAACAAUAUGCCCGCAAUGAGUUGUACGCAGAGAUCUCAAUAUAUUAUUUCAACGUUGAUCAACGGCAUCGGUUUCUUAAGGUAUAUAUGUAUGUAUAUAGUAUAAUUUUGAUGUAACUUAACAUUGAUAAAUCUACUGACUAGUUUGUUCCACAUAUAGAAUUGUAUAUGCAUGUAUGUGCACUAAAGGAAAAAAAACGUAGAGGAUUUCCGGAUAUUAUCUAUUAUUUUUGCUAA